CCCUCGGCCGGCGGCCUGCCCGGGGCCGCGACGCUGCUGGAGCCCGGCGCCCUGCGGCAGGCGGCCCGCCUGGGGCCCGGCGCCGCCCCCGGCGCGGAGCCGCCCGACGGCUCGGACCGGCCGGUGCUGCUGCGCUGGCUGGAGGAGCGCUGGGCCCGCGGCGAGGUCAUGGUCAGCCUGGACCAGCUGUGCGAGGCGCUGGAGGAGCUGGGGGCCGGCGAGGAGAUCUAUACGCAUUUUGACAUUGAGUGGAAGAGCACAGUGGAUGUGGAGAAAAUGCUGGAGACCCUGAAGAGCUGCAGGGGCACCAGCCUUCACGGGGAGCUGAGCUAUGUCACCAGGAAGCUCCAGGCCUGCUCCCUGGCUCCUGGGUUCGUCGACAUCUUUUCUGAAUCCAAGGAGAGCCUGGGUGCCUACUCCUCCACGAUCUUGCGAUUUCUCCACCAGAAGCGUGUCGCCAGCAUGGCACUUCCGUAUCCGCUCCUGGAUUAUUGCCACACCAUCUGCGCCAUGAGGUCGUCUGUGCUCAGAGAGUCUCUGGAUCAGCUCGUGCAGAAAGACAAGGAGGGCCCGGGGGAGCUGAGCCGCAGCCAGGAGUGUGAGGAGCUCAAGGCCGUCGCCAAGUGCUACACGGUCAUCGAGACCUCGUCCAACUCCGCCGACAUCGACAAGAUGACCAACGGGGAGACGUCCUCCUACUGGCAGUCUGAUGGCAGCGCCCGCUCCCACUGGAUCCGCUUAAAGAUGAAGCCAGAUGUGGUGCUCAGGCACCUGUCCAUCGCCGUGGCAGCAAGUGACCAGAGCUACAUGCCGCAGCAGGUCACGGUGGCGGUGGGGAAGAACGCCGGCAGUCUUCAGGAAGUCCGAGACGUUCACAUCCCUAGUAAUGUCACCGGCUACGUGACGCUGCUGGAGAACGCCAACAUCAGUCAGCCGUAUGUCCAGAUCAACGUGAAGCGCUGCUUCAGUGACGGCUGCGAUACCAGGCUCCACGGGCUCAGGGCCCUGGGUUUCCAGAGAGUCCGCCGAGGAGGCGUCUCGGUGUCGGACGCUUCUGCCGUCUGGUACUGGUCCCUGCUGACGUCCCUGGUGACGGCGUCCAUGGAGACGAGCCCGGUGUUUGUUCAGACGAUUCUGCAGAACACUCAGAAAGCCCUGCAGCACAUGCCUCCUCUGUCUCUCUCGCCGGCGUCGACCGACGGGUCCAGCUUCCUGUCGCCCAGCGUCCUGGGCGAGGUGGACGGCUUCCUAGUCAGAAUAACAAGUUGCCUGGCUAACCCAGAGGUGGAGUUGACUCUGCUGGCCUUCGCUCUGGCCAGAGGGAGUAUCGCCAAAGUGCUCAACUCUCUGUGCGCCGUCGCUGACCGCUUGGACGCCACCUACCAGGCCUCGGCCCUGAUUUCUUCAAUGGCCACCGUUCGACGGACUCUGCUUUAUAAAUAUGGCAGGAUCCUGCGGCCCGUUCUUCAGGCGUGCGACGUCAAAGGGAAAGAAGAGAGGUCGGGCCCGGAAAACCUGCUGGCUGAGCCAUGGACCGGAGACGGUUUUCUCACCGAGACGGGCAAGACCAGGGCAAGUGUCAUUUUCUCCACGGGCACGGAGGCGGCCUUCCAGGUCACGCAGCUGAGGAUCAAGGUGCGCCGAGGGGACAUCGGGGCCCAGUGUGGCCUGGUGUUUACUUACAAUUCUUCCUUGGAAAAGUUCCAUGCCGAGGAGCACUUUAAAAGGUUCGAGAAGUAUGACACAUGGAAGCUCCAGGAGUUCCGGCAGUUUUUAAAAAGCAGGGCGGGUGGCUCCCCUGCAGAUCUCGGGGAGGAUGAGCCGGCCGGCUGGUUCGAAGCCGAGGAGGACUGGGACGAAGUGGAUGUGAAGGUGCAACAGUGCCGGGUGGCCAAGUAUUUGAUGGUCAAGUUCUUAUGUACGCGGCAAGCUACGGCUGAGCGCCUGGGCGUCCAGGGCCUGAGUGUGUACGGCUACCUGCGCCCUGCCGGCGUGGAGCUCGGCCCGAGCACGGACUGCGCCGCCUGUGACCCUGAAGCCAACCGCAUCUGCGGCAUGACCCUGCUCCUGAAGACACUCGCCUUUGUCCAGCAGCUGUCCCGGGACCUGGCGCGACAGAGGGAGAGCGGAUUCAAGCGCAAACCGCUGCUGGACACGGCUGGCCUCAGCCUGCGGCUCGUCUGGGACUUUUACAGCAAGCUGGAGGCCAGUCCGAGAGAAGAGUGCGUCCUGGCACGCAUCAUGCUGCUGCAGCUGCUCCAGAGCUGUUUGCCUGAGCUCUCGGCAGAUCCCCAACCCAGCACCGCCACUCAGAGCAGCUGCAGCGCGCGGGCUGCACCGGAGGAGCUGUACAUGCACCUGUGCCAAGUGGUGGACCAGGCCGGUGACGACUCUUGGCCGGUGAGAAGGCUCCAGGCGGAGGUGAGGAAUACGCUUCUCCAGGGCGCCGCUGUCUUUUUUCCCGAUGGCCGUGCCCGGCGCCGCCAUCUGUUUGCCAUGAUGAAGAACGUCACGGAGCCGGAACAGAAGCCGUCUGCGCAUCUCACGUUCAGGUCCUUGUGCACGUAUUUCAGUGGCCGUGACCCCGGGGGCCUGCUGCUGCUUCCAGACAAGGGAGGCCCCGAGGGGCUGGAUGUGUGUGAAGUGCUGGCCGUCAUGGACACGCUGCAGGCGGCUGCUGCCCGCGAGUGUGACAUGCUGAUGCAGGGCGUGGCCCCAGGGGAGAGCAGCCCCGCCCUGUUCUCCCUGCUCUGGUCAGUGCAGGGCAGCCUGCUGUCCUGGUGCUACCUGCAGCUGAAGGGCAGUGAACCACGGGCCAAGAAGCUGGCUGUGGAGAUGGUGGAGAGAUAUGUGGGACAGUUCCUGGCCAGCAUGAGAAUAGUUUUGCGGUCACUUUUGUCCCAGUAUGGUGGAAAAAAAAUAGUAGAAAAUUUGUGUAACUCUGUGUUUGCCAUGGCAACUCGUCAGCUGGUCAUCUUCCUGCUGGACUUCUGCCCCUUGGACAUCCCACACUUGGCGCUCUUGAAGGAGUUCAGCACCUUGACAGACCUCUUGAAGGACCUCUGCAGUGACCCCGAUGGAGGACCCAAUCAAAAGGACAUGGACAUCUGGCAGCAAGAGAAGCCGGUGGUGUUGAAUACCUGGGCAAUGGAAUCUGCCCAUAACUAUAGCAACAAUUGCCACGAGGUGGCUGUCUUCUUGAGCCCUGGGGCCACCUCCUUUGAGGUGGAGUUUGAUGACAAGUGUGAAACUGAGACCAGAUAUGAUUACCUGGAGUUCACUGAUUCUCGAGGCACAAAGACCCGCUAUGAUACCAAAGUCGGCACAGACAAGUGGCCCAAGAAAGUGACCUUUAAGGCCGGCCCCCAGCUGCACUUUCUCUUCCACUCGGACAGCAGCAACAACGAGUGGGGUUACAAGUUCACUGUCACGGCCUACGGCCUGCCAGAUGUGGCCGUGUCCUGGGGCCUGGACCUGCAGCUCCUGGUGUCCAGGCUGAUGGGGCGCUUGGCCUCCCAGUGUCUGGCCUUGCGAGCAGAUCAGUUAGGGGGUGACGUGGGACUGCCCAUGGCCAAAGUGACACCCGUCCUUCAUUCCCCUUUGUGGAAACCAGUCUUCAGGCACCAGCUGUGCCCGGAGGAGGACCCGGGAGCCUGUGGGCCCACUCCUUCCCCCCAGGAUGCCAAAGAGAGUCGGAGCGCUCAGGCUGACGUCUGCCGCGACCUCCUCAUAGACUUCGCAAAGUCAGACCCUGCCCAGGGCUUCUGUGGGCAAAGUCCUGAGCUUUUCCAAGGACUCACACAGGCAUGUAAAAAACAGGCCCCGCAGACAGAUAGUGUUGCCGGUUCCGCUGUGGAUCGAGCCGUGAACGCCGCGUUUGCCGCGUUGGUGUAUCUCACGCCGCAGCUGUAUGAGAAGCUGCAGAGCUAUGUUAACAGUGGGGGCCAGGGGGUGCUGAGUGAGGAGUUUGCCCAGGUGUACGCCCUGGCCGAGGGCAUUAGGAUAUGGAUGUUAGAAAUGAAGCAAAAAUUCUUGCUGGACAAGGGAGACAAGAUGGAAGGAGAGCUGGAUGCCGACAUGCAGGAGGUGAAUCCGGAGAGCCUGGCCCGACAGUGCACUCAGAAGAGUCUUUUGUUGCUGCAAUUCCUGCCCGUGGGAGCGAGGUCCAGAGCGGGUCCUGGGGAGGCGUCAGUAGGCCCAGAUGAAGCCGCGGACCGCCAGCUGCAGAGCCGUGGGCACAGGGGCGGCUCCAUGGGGGACGAGCACUUCCAGGCCUCGGGGCCCGAGAGCCCCCGUCAGCAGGCAGAGGCCUCGCCGGCCCCUUCGGGCAUGCCCCUGGAAAGGAGCGCUUCACAGCAGGAAGACGUGGUUUCUCCUCCGUCCACGCCAACCCGCAAACCGGCCCUCGGUCGAGGACGCCUGAGGCUUCUCUCUUUCAGGUCUGUGGAGGAGGCCCGGCCAGUGCCCACGGUGACCGAGAAAUACCCCUUCCUCAAAGAUGUGAUGGACUUCAUUAAGGACCAGACGCUUUCCCACGAGAGCGUUUUGAAGGUCCUUUCUCUGAAGAAAGCCCAGGCCGAGAGCGUCCUGGCUGCCCUGCAGGCAGCCCUGCGGUGCCUGGAGCUCCUCGGGCGGCCUCACUGCUUCCAGCCCCCCUGUCUGCUCUUCCUGCUGGAGCUGCUUACCUGCCAGAAGGACUUCACCAGCUAUUUUGGACACCUGGAGGGCUGCGGGGCAGAGCUGCACAGAGAAAUCCGGCACGCCUACCACCGGCUUGUCCGGUUCGUGGUGGAUGCCGUGAAGGGCUUUGGGGCCCUCGAGGACAGGUCACUGCUCCCUGCCUUGUCCUGCGUUCAAGCGUCCUUGCUCCAUCUUCUGGAUAUGGGCUGGGAGCCCAGCGAUCUCCCCUUCCUCCUGGACGUUGGCUUGCCAGAGCUGCUCAUGACCAUGUCACAAGAAAACAUAAGUCUGCAUGACAGUGUGAUUUGCCAGUGGAGCGAAGAAGAUGAGAUGGCUGCCUACAGAGAGACGACGGAGUGGAUGGAGGAGUGCCGGGACGGCAUGUUCGAGGCCUGGUAUGAGAAGAUCGCCCAGAUGGAUUCAGAGAAGCAGAGGAAGAUGCACAUGUUCAUCGCCCGCUACUGCGAUCUGCUAAACGUGGACAUUUCGUGUGAUGGGUGUGAUGAAAUCGCCCCCUGGCGUCGCUACCGCUGCCUCCAAUGUCACGACAUGGACCUCUGCAAGACUUGUUUCUUGGGCGGAGUGAAGCCAGAGGGCCAUGAGGAUGACCACGAGAUGGUGAACAUGGAGUACGCCUGCGACCACUGCCAAGGGGUGAUCGUGGGCCGAAGGAUGAACUGUGACGUGUGUGACGACUUUGACCUUUGCUACGGAUGCUACUCGGCCAAGAAAUACUCAGACAGCCAUUUGCCCAGCCAUGGCAUCACAGUCUACCCCAUGGUGACAAUUCGCACCAGUGACCGCCAGAGGCUUAUCCAGCCCUACAUCCACAACUAUUCCUGGCUGCUCUUUGCCGCCCUGAUGCUAUACACCGCCGACCUGGCCAGUGGGGGCAAGGUCGAAGGGGAGAGGCCAGGCACUGAGGCCCAACAGGCCGCUGCCGCCCUACAGGGUCAGAGCCUGCAGCUCAUCGGGGACUGCCUGGUGAAGGCACAGCGGGCCAAAGAUGGGGCCUCGUCCUCGGAAAGCCAGAUGAUCCCCGUCAGCCGUUCUCAAGAUGCUGCCGCCAAGGAGGCGGAUGGGACAGACCAGGGCCAAGGAGACGCCCAGGACGAAACCCUCUCGUCAGGUGACAGAAGGGCCAGUCUGGGGGAUGGAAGUCCGUCUUCAACAAAGGCGCCAUCAGGCAGAGCCUCCCCUGACACCCCCGAUGGUGUCCCAGGGCUUCCAGGUACUUCCUCUUUGAAGACAGUGGAGGAGAAAAUUGUAGCCCUGAGCCCCGAGCAAGUGUUUGCAGAAUGUUCCCAGAAGAGAAUCUUGGGAUUGCUGGCUGCUACGUUGCCACCGUUACAAUCAGGCUCCGCCGUCUCCUGGGCAAACCUGGACCACGUUCUGCCCCUGAUGCUCCGCGUGGUGAUCUCGAACGCAGGCCACCUGAAUGAAGCCUACCACUUGACGCUGGGCCUGCUGGGCCAGUUCAUCAUCCGGCUCCCGCCGGCCCAGGUGGACGCCGCGGUGACUGCAGCCCUCUCAGCUGGACACGCCUUGUUUUCGGCCGGGGAUGGGUCCGCUGCGCCCGAAGGCUGGAAGACGGUUCACCUGCUCUUCAGCCUAGGAGCCGUGUGCCUGGACAGCCGCGUGGGCCUGGACUGGGCGUGCUCCAUGGCGGACAUCCUGCGUGCCUUACACGGCUGUCCCAAGUGGCGCAGCGUGGUGGCGGCUUUCACGGAGCACUGCCUGAAGCAGCUGCCCUUCCAGCUAAAGCACACCAACAUCUUCGCGCUGCUUGUGCUCGUGGGAUUUCCCGAGGUGCUGUGUGUGGGCGCGCGCUCCGUGUACUUGGACAACGCCAAUGAGCCCCACGACGUGAUCGUCCUCAAGCACUUUACGGAGAAGAGCCGGGCCGUCGUCAUGGACGUGAAGACCCGCAAACGGAACACAGUCAAAGACUGCCAGCUGGCGCGGCCAUGCGACCAAGGGAGCGCGGCCUCGAGUGCACCGCUGAGCACACACCUGCACUACUUCACCGCCAUCAGCAGCCACCUGCUGCAGAGCAGCCUGGACCGCGGCUGCGCCGAGGCCGUGGAGGCCACCUGGGUGCUGUCCUUGGCGCUUAAGGGCCUGUACGGGACCCUGAAGGCUCACAGUUUUGAAAGAAUCCACGCGGUCUUCCUGGAGUCGGGCUUACUGAAGCUGCUGGUGAAGAAAUGCAGUCGAGGCACUGGCUUCAGUAAAACGUGGCUCCUGCGUGACUUGGAGAUCCUGUCCGUCCUGCUGUACUCAUCCAAGAAGGUCCAGCAGGAGCCUGGGGCUGGGCCUCCACAGCCAGGCAGCCCUCCGGGGGACACGGGGCCGAGCAAACCUGACCCACUCGAGGGCCUGGACGAGGCCACCAAAGUCUGUUUCUUGAUGACCCACGAUGCCCUGAAUGCCCCCUUGCCCAUCCUCCGGGCCAUGUACGAGCUGCAGAUGAAGAGGACGGAUUCCUUCUUCCUGGAGGUUCAGAGGAGGUUUGAUGGGGGUGUGAUCACCACCGACGAGCAGAUCCGGAGCCUCGCCCAGAAGUGGCAGCCCCGGAAGCGCCUGCGGCUGGAGGAGCUGAGCUCGCGGGCUGUGGAUACGGACGUGACGGUCCCGCCGUGCUGGUCAAAGCCUGCGGCCUGUGACCGAGCAGCCGAAGAGUCCGACCCCGUGACCCAGAAGCUGAUCACCAGCACCGAGAGCGACCUGCGGCUCAGCUACACCAAGCAGCGGCGGGCCAAGAGCGCCGGGCUCCUGCACAAGGAGCUGGGCUCUCGGGCCAAGGGCGCCUCCCGCGCCUACCUGCACCGUGUGAACGAGGCCACGGCCGUGCUCUACGCCAGGCACGUGCUGGCCUCCCUCCUCGCCCAGUGGCCAGAGUCCGUGCCCAUCACCGCCGACGUCCUGGAGCUCGGCAGCCCAGCCCAGAUGGCCUACAUCCUGGACAUGCUCAUGCAGCUGGAGGAGACGCAGCUGUGGGAGGAGGGGAGGAGCGCGCGGGGUGAGAGCCGCGACCCCUCGCCAACGCGUUUCUCGCAGAUUCUGCACAAGGUGCUCCGCGGCUGUGGCGAGGACAUGCUGGGCCCCGUGGCGCUCACGGCCUGCCACUUCAUGGAGGAGCCAGGGACAGCCGUGCAAGUGCGCGAAUCCAAGCACCCGUACAAGAACAACACCGCCUUUGAGGACAGAGUUCACAUCCCCGGCGCCGUCUACCUCUCGGUGAGGUUUGACCCGCAAUGCAGCACCGAGGAGGGCUGCGACGAGCUCGCCGUGGCCAGCAGCAGCGACUUCCAGCAGGACCGACACAAUUUCAGCGGCUCUUCCCAGAAAUGGAUCGAUUUUGAGCUUCCAGGAGACACGCUGUACUACAGGUUCACGUCCGACAUGAGCAACACGGAGUGGGGCUACAAGUUCACCGUGACCGCCGGCCACCUGGGCAGAUUUCAGACAGGAUUUGAGAUUUUGAAGAAGUUGUUGUCAGAGGAGAAGCUUAUGCCCCACCUGCCCCUGGCAAAAAUCUGGGCAUGGCAGGUGGGCGUGGCCUGCCGCCAGACGGGUCACCAGCGCCUCAAAGCGAUCCACUUACUUCUGAAGAUGGUGCAAUGCGGCGCCCCCAGUGACCUCCGUGACCUCACCCUUCUCAAGCCCCUCUGGCAGCUUUUUGCCCAAAUGGAAAAGGGCCUGUGCCAGGACGUGAGUCAGCCCAGCAUCCUGCUGCCCCUGCACCGAGCCCUCACCGAACUCUUCUUUGUUACUGAGAACAGAGUCCAGGAGCUAGGCUGCUCGCAAGACUAUGUGCUCGCCGUAACGACAGAUGACUACCUUCUGUGCUGCACAGCCCAGGCUUUGAGAAACAUUGCCGCCAUCAGUCUCGCCAUUGACUACCCGAACAAAUCAACCAGUGUCUGGAAGGGCUAACGUGCUGCCGGCCCCUCGGCAGAACGCGUGUCCCCUGCUUCACCGUGUGCCUGGACCCGGGCGUGCAGGGGAGCAUAUUAAGUCCCAAUGGAUCCGUGCUUUCAUUAUCCGGAUAGGCCAGCAAGGAGAGCCAUCAUGGAAGGUCAUUUCUGAAAGGCCUUCCUCCUCCGGGGAGAGGUCUGUCCGAGCGGGCACUCCUCAUGGGGAGCGGCCGCGGGCAAGCUUUAGCCGUGCUGGCAGCCCCGGAGUGAUCGUGGACAGACAAGUGACCUUCCAAGAACCAAACCGACUGACACUGGUGCCCUUGGGCCCUGGUGUCUCAUGGUGGCUGAGCUUCCUUCCCUCACCCCCCGGACUAUUUCCACUCGUGCACGGGCUUCUCUCAGUGAUCUCCUUACAUCGGCUGGUGUCUGCGGGGACUGCGGAUCACUCUUUGAAGCAUAAAGGAUUGUCUGUGUUUUUCCCCCUCUCCAUUACUGGUGAUUUCAGAUUUCUUAAGGGGCAAACAUUGAGCAAACUGACCUCCGGCUGUGACUGGAACAGCUCUGAAGUCAGCAGUGCAGCAGUAACUGGGUUGGUCCGAGCGGGCAGCUUUCAUGCCAGCCUUCAGGUGUUGGUUAUUGAAGAAAUAGGAAGGGGGGUCCGAGGAAAUCGUGCUUGUUAUGUUCUCACUGAGCCCCGAGGGAGACAUUGGCCACUGGUGUGCGUGCAUCUCUGUGCACAUUGAUAGGAACGGCCGGAUCAGAGCCAGGGAAUAGGCCAGCGGGUCUGUGUGUGUCUUCCUUCCCCCACCCUGCUCUGCACGGUCCGAAACUUGACUUUGGUGAGGCUCUUGUCCAGGCCGGUGACCCCAGAGCCUUAACCUGGGCUCUGAAGAGCUUGAGAAGGAAGGGCUUUCUGCUGGGGCUUGUGGGCUGUCUGGCCGGGCACUGGCUCGACGGAGGGCAGGGACACCAGCGCGGUGGCCGGGCACUGGCUCGACGGAGGGCAGGGACACCAGCGCGGUGGGUGCUUGGGUCCCAGGGUGAAGCGGAGGUGCUCGCAUAGUGCAGAGCUCAGGGAGGGAGACGUGCUGCUCGGAUCUGCCUCCGGACCUUGGCAGAAGCCUUCGUGUUUUCUUUGUGACUUCAGGAAGUCAGUUGUCAAUUAACCCUGAACUCGUCAAGAGAUCCGUCCCCUUCUGGUUGCUCUUUUGUUGCUUUGGGCAGUCAUAGGAAAGCCGAGCAGACCCCCUGCCAAGUGAGUCAUUUCCUCACCCCCUAUCUACUAAAGGACUGUGAUCCCCUCAGGAGACAGAGUUAACUGUCCAGUUCACACUGCCUUAUAGCUGACUUCUGGGAUUGUCCCCGAUGUGGACAGGAAUGCAGAGGAAUUCUUUGGGCCCUGUCCAGCGAUGCCUGUGGGGGAAAGGGGGGACACAGGUGUUGCUGAGAGGUAUGCUAGAAAUAUGUGCCUAAUGAAGAUGAAGAGAAUUCUUUGCUCCAAAUCAUUUAUGAUGUAAAAAAAAAUUAUACUGCUAAUGAAACGCACUUAUUUUCAUUAAACACAGUUUUAGAUUUCUUUUCUUA